AAACAACGUCCUUCUGGGAUAUAAAUACAGGGCCCCACUCCCUGAUGCCCUGAACUCUUCCUCCUCUUCCUCCUCCUCUGCCUCCUGCUGCUGUUUUGGCCUAGGAUGUGCAACCCCCUGGAGCAGGCCUUGGCCGUCAUGGUGUCCACGUUCCACAAGUACUCAGGCCGGGACGGAGACCGGUUCAAGCUGAGCAGGGGGGAGAUGAAGGAGCUGCUGGAGCAGGAAUUGCCCAGCUUUGUCGGGGCCCGGGUGGAUGAAGAGGGCCUGAAGAAGCUGAUGGGAGACUUGGAUGACAACAGUGACCAGGAGCUGGAUUUCCAGGAGUAUGCCGUGUUCCUCGCCCUGGUCGCCAUGAUGUGCAACGAUUUCUUCCAGGGGACCCCUGGUCGGCCCUGAACGCCGACCCCUCCGACCCCCACCCCGUGUCCGCAUUUCAGUGUAUUUGUCAGAGAAAUAAAUGCCUUGGUUAUA